CGAUUCUUAUCUGUCGAAAUAACAGUUGUGUAACACUAGGACUAGCAGGGUCACGUUUAUGCUCCUUGUAGUUAUACAUUGCUAAUCGAAAUCAAAACUUGCAGGGAUCACUAACAUAACGAUGAUAGGCCUACUUGUUUUUAUUUUGGCGGCCUCUUCAGUAAGCGGUCAGUUUUUAAACUGUCCCUGGGUUAACAGUUUGAAUUGUUCAGCAUACGAUCCCCAACCGGAAUGUGGUACAGACGGCUUUACUUAUGUGAACAGGUGCUUUUUUGCUCAGCAACAGUGUGUUCACCUGGAACUUCAUAUUCUACAUGACGGAGCAUGCCUGCCAUCCGAAUCAAGUACAACCCCAGCUGCAACAACAGUAAGCGGCCAUGAUGCCGUACUCGAUUUCUUUUGCACGGUUAUCAGCAAACAAGAUUGUGGAACCGAAGAUCAACCAGUUUGUGCGUCUGACAACUGGACUUAUAAAAACUAUUGUGAAUAUGAUAAAGCCAGGUGUACUCACAGAGACCUGAGGGUGCUUGACUAUGCCCCAUGUCCGUGAAAUGUUACUGCUGUUUUUUCGUCAGUAAAUUCUUAAGCAACAAAAUAAAUUUGAAAUACACAAA